GUGUUUUCCGUGUCCAUCGUCCAACGGGCAUCAGCCGAGAAAAAGGAACAAAGCCUGCCCAUCACGAGCAGCCAUAACCUUUGCCACUGCCGUUGGUUCAGUUUGAUUUCAGAAACGUUCACUUGCGGUUCGUCGUCGAGUGAUCGCGUUGUGUUUUUUCUCAUUCUCAAGUGUGGAGGAAAAUUACACAAGCACAACAAGAAGUGGGCGAGGGAGGACCCAGAGGCAAAAAUAAAAAAAAAAUGUAAAUCAGUGAAGUAUAAGUUAGACGUAGGCCGGGCGGUGUUUUGUAAAUAAUCAAAAUCGCUAGCGUUUUAGGCUGAAAUUUGAGUGGCUCUUGAAGAUAUAGAAAAACUAGGUGAAUAAAAAAUAAAACUAAAUUACAUAAAACUGUUGCAAAUCUGUUCCUCUCUGUAUAACUUCUAACUGUUACACCUUGGAUAUUGUAACGGUUAUUUAAAAGUCUCCGGUGAAGAUCAAUCCCACAAAUUCAGUCGAAAAAUUGUGUGCGCGCCGUUAAAGUCCGCGUAUGUGUGCGUCCGUGUGCGUCGUCGAGAUGGAAGACAUAGUGGAAUCCCCUCUGAAUUCUCGACCGCAGUAGGCGCGCGAUCCAGUGGAAAGGUAUCCCCUGAUGUGAGGAAAAACAAGCGCAUCUCGCAGCAGUGUACGCGGAAAGCAAAUAGAAAAAAAGGCGCCGGUCCAGGUGGGAAAAGUGUUUUCUAGUUUUUUUUUUUCAUAUUUCUAACGCAUAUAUUUUGCGUGUGUUUUUGGAGUGUGCUAUCAAGCGCGGUGAAAAAUUAGUGGAAUUGGAGGUCAAACUGCUGGAGUGCAAGAGAGUGGGAAGCUAAACGACGAACACACGUACAAGUGUGCAAAGGGUGUGAAGCGAGUAAUUUGCUGACACACAGUGCGAAGGAGUUUGGUUUAACUGUUCGAUCCGUGCAGUAAAUUUAGUGGAUUGAGGAGAAAAAUUAAUUGAGGAAAAAACUAUCAUAAAAUUUCAAUGAAGAAAGUGGUGAAAAUAGUGCUUUUAAAAUAAUCGAAUUACCGAAAAGUGUGAGAGUGUAACCUUUAGGUAGCUGCUGUAAACAUCACUUAAUUGGGAGCUAGAGCAGUACUUAAUAAAAGAUUGCUCCCCACUGCGGAUGAUGAUCGGUCGUAAAGCACUGCCACCGUCGAACCCGGAGAUUCAGGAUCGUCCGCACACAAAGGCAGUCAGUCCGCUUAUCGAUUAGGCGCAUCACAGAAAUAAUGCACUCUGAGGACAAUACAAAUGGUUCUAUAGCUGUCUGAAAGUACUACCACCACAAGUAUCGCGCGCCAGCAACGAGGUCUCGAAAUGCCGCUGCAAAGAAGAAAUAAUUAACAAAGGGCCGGCUAACUUUUUCAUUACACACUACUAGGGACACAAAGCCAUUGCUCAAGUGACAACCCUGGGAGCAAAGCAAACGAUAGAAAAGAGGGAGAGAGAGAGCAAAAAAAAACAACAAAACUCGCGAGUCCGGAACCACUGCCAACCAAACAAUAGAGGCAACCGCAGCUACCAGAGCAGGGCACAGAUUCCACCCCGUUUGCACAUCACCUCCCCCCAAAGGAAUUACUACAAAAUUGCAUAAAUGUGACGCUAUCUCUCUGGAGAGAAGGCAAUUGUCGUUGAACUUUUUUUUCACUUGGCAGGUUGAAUAGUAAAUCCUGUUUCCAGCGUGCCCAUAAUUAUCCGGAUUUUUUAAUCCCGCUUUUUCGCAGCAGUAAUAGUGCGCCAUUUCGAUAAUUACCAUCGCGACCGUGCAGCUGCAGCGCGCCAUUCCAUUCGUUAUCCUUUUGCGGCGCAGCACUGCAACAACGGUGCGGUCUUCAGCGGCUUGGCGGUUAUCAAAAAUGAGGCUGCUAUUGUUCGCCAAUAGAAGCCCGAUCCUCCAGCAGCUAGCAGUUCACGAUCCCCCGUCGAAGAGAAUCGCCAUUCAACGGUACGAGAUAAGAUGGAAGUACUGUAGUAACUAAGCGACCUGUCGAAACUGGACAGCAAAUGUGGCCUAAGCAGCAGCACUCGAAUCCAGUGAAAAUAUCGAGCAGUAGCACACUUGAAGUGGAGAGACGAACGCGCAAAAAUCGUGAACAGUGAAAAGUGCACACAAAAAAACGUCGAACAUUUUCCACUCGAAACAGAGGGGGGAGAUAAUGAAGAGAGCAGACGGGGACUGUGAAAAGUGGUGUGAACCGAAAUCAAGUGUUGAAAAUUUCAAUUCGCUGCUCGUUUAAAGCUUCCAAUUAAGUUGUGAGUCCAUUUUGUGUCAUCGGUAUUAUGUUUCGGUUGCAAACGAAUCAUUUAUCAGCAGCUUCAACAGCUCGAAGUGCAAUCUGUGUUCAAGUGAAGCCGAAACCUUGCUGCCGAUUGGAGCGAUUCUUAGUUCGGUGUUGGCUUUAUUAGCACGGGUUUAUUAGAAGCAGCUUUGUAUUUAAUUAUCGUGAAAAUACACCAGCAGUGUUGAAAUAACAGAAAGGGUUUACGUCGUUGGAGUCUGGCUGAAGGAAUUACGUCACGAGCUGAGAGCGCAACCACCAUCCUGUGCCGCAGGAAAAACAAUCACCCACAAACAGGGCCAUCGUCAAAACAAACACGAAAAGUAUCAAAACCGACGACAUGCGUCCACAUGACGAGGUGUGAUGGUAGAUGAAGCAAUCAAGUAAAAUGUUGUGCUGCCACUUCCACAAAAGUUUUCCAACAGCAAAAACAACAAAAGCGACCGCGUAGAACAAACUGUGCGAGAAGAAAGUGAAUUUUCGGUAAAUUGUGAAACUGCUGUUAGGUUGCGCGUUUCAGGAUUUAAAUAUUCGUUUCCGUUUGCUUACUGAAAGCGGCCCUUGCUCGGUUCAGCAACAGCAGGUAUGUUUAUUUUACGGCUGUUCGUGCAGUUCGUGCCUAAUGAUGAGCUAUAUUAAACGCGUUCUAACACCGCUUGACAGUUUGAGGAUUAAGCCGGGAAAUGAGUCUGUAUAUUAGGUAAACGAAACAGAAGUGCUUCUUACUGCGGUGCUAAAAACGGGCGGGAAAAAGGUGAUUCGAAAAUUUUAUAACGAUCAAACUAAUCCGAAAGCUUCCAGUAGCAGGAAAGUUCGUUCGUGUGUGGUGAAAACCCAAAAGCUGUACCGUAGAUAGUCUGGAACGAGUGCGCAGUGAACGCGAAACGACCGGAGCAGAGUAGCCAAACCUAACAAAAAAAAAGUAAUUAUAAUUUUAACCACCUCUUCGAUAAGAAUAUUAUGCCAAAGUGUUGGAAAAGUAAACCGACGGGCUAUGUUUGUGAUGCUGUCAGUUCGCACAACAGCCACCGUUCGUGAACGGCCAGCCGAGACGGUCAAGAAGGCAAUCAACAUAAACCAGAUUAUCAAAAACAUCAACAACCGAAAAGGUAGAAAGAGUCAACAGCAGCAGCAAAAGUUGAACAACGCGAAACAGAUCGACUGCGACGGCAGAAAGAACAGCAACAACACUAGCGUCGAAAGCGACAACAGCAACAGUAGCAACAACAUUACCAAGAGCAACAACAUCAUCAUCAACAAUAGCAUCAAAAGUGACCAAAAAAAUCAACGCAGGGACAAGAACAGUUACCAGCAGCCAAUCGAAAAGAUCGAUAAACCAUCGAUCCAGUUCAUUGCACCGAGGACAACGAUUACCACUACUACGACGAGCCACGGUCCGGGCCGGUUGGUACAGACAGGCACGCAGGAGGAGCAAAAACAUCACCCCGCUGGUACGGUUAGUGUACUAACCGCUACCACCAACCCGGCUUCCUCGGAGACGGAAAAACAGGACCCGCAGAACGAGCAACAACAACAACAACAGCAACAGGGGCAACUUACGAAGACCAAGUUUCUUCUACCGGAGCUCAACAACUACCGAAAGCCACCGACUGUACAGGUUCCUGUGGCAACGAUACUCAACGACCUUAGUCCCGUGCCUGCGCCAGCGAAAGUCACAAAUAAAGUCUCCAACUCGAACCCUAUGAGUCCUAUGAACCCCGCCGGGCUACAAAGUAACUCGCCGGACGUUAAGGCCAUGCGGUACUACAGAUUGUGGAUCUACACGUGCAACGCUGUGCUCUUGAUGGCGGUAAUUGUAUUCUGUGGCGUUGCGGGAAAAAUUCUACUCUCCGACUACAGGCGCUUGCUGGUGACGGGGCUCAGUCUAACGCAGCCGAGCUUCAUCUACGCGUACCUCGCGCUACUGGUGCAAUCAGGUUUCUUACAACUGAUAGGGUGUCUUGGUGCCUUACGACUAUCGGAGAAAUUACUAAACGCUUACUGGUUGCUUUUACUCGUAUUGUUAAUAGGCGACGCAAUGUUAGGCAUAUUCUGGAUGUUCAAAUUUGACAGGGUAAUGAACGAUCUGCAGCCGAUGCUGAGGAAUCGCCUAGCCCAUGAAUAUGGAAAUUCAAUCGAAUUAACAGACCUCUGGGAUCGGCUGCAGAACGAGGGACGAUGCUGCGGGGUAUCUGGGCCACAAGACUUUCCGAUUCACGUAAACCGAACCUAUCCGGAUUCCUGCUGCGCCUCGGACGUCAUCGAGCAGAUCAGUAUAUCGCGGAGACCGCUGGCAUCGGCCGUCGUGUUCCGCGGGGAAGACCUGGACGACCUGGCGGCGUCAUCCGCGGCUGUCGGUCACAACUUCAGUGAUAUAAGCGAUGCGUGGAGUCUCAUUACGGCACCCAGUAGCAGCAUCAGCAGUAGUAGCGUUAGCGGUAGUUUAAGUUCCAGCAGCAGUAGUGGUGCGAGUGGCGGCAGCUUCAGCAUCCGCAGCAGUAGCAGUAGCGUGCUUAGUGCGACCGGAGGUGGAAGCGAUAAUGGGGCUGUCAGGACGAUCACGGCCUGUCGAGCGGUUUAUCCGCAGGGUUGUGCCGACCGGAUCGUGUCCUGGCUGCGACACACGGCCGACGUUCUGUUCGUGCUGGGCUACUGCGUGAUAGCGUUUCUGAAGUUGUGCUUCCUUGGCAUUCUCCGGUACGAGAUCAAGGAGAUGAUUCAGAAGAUCAAACUUCUGCAAACCGAAAUGGCCGGAGCGAUCCUGAACGGGGUGGACUGCGACCAGCAGCAAAUACAGCAGUUUACCCUGUUGCAGCAGGUAACGAGUACGUCGAUCAACGGCGGAAUACACGCCGAACCGAAGGUCGGCAAUCGUGAUCGGGAGCGGACACGGAUAGAGGCCGCCGAAAGUGAACGGGAAUCGUUGCUGAAUGCCCAACAGCAGCAGCAACAACAACUGCAGCAGGAACCCACGCCAAAGCUGCUCAAGCAUCGGCAGCUGUACACCUGCAUCAACGAGCAGCACCUGUGCAGUGGGAGUGGGAACGGUGGCGGUGGAACGGGUGGCGGCAGUGGCAAUGCAGCCGUAGGCGGUUGCGAGUCCGACACCAACUCCAACUGUGCGCUGCUGGUUGAAGAUAACAGUUCAUCGUUGCUGUCUUCCACGGCGGGCGCCAACAAGACAAUAAACGGUAACAACAACUAUGAACUGAACGAGUUCGACAGUAAGGCGCCCACUUACAGGCUUCUAAACGCACCAACGGUCACUAGAAUCUGACUACGGUAUUACCUGGAGCAACUGUUUGGCGAUCGCUGGCGGAAAGCGAGGCCAACAGCGCGAAGCCGCGCCGAAGACCCCACGAGCAGCGGCCUGGGGAGUUACAGCUGCCAACAGCAGCAGCAACAGCAACAGCAGCAGCAGCAACAACAACAACAGCAGCAGCAGCUACAGCUACAACAGCAACAUGUACAGCAGUUUGAGAAGCAAGACAGUGCCAGCAGUAGGGAGGGUCUGAAAACUAGUAUGAUUCAGAGGUUGCACAGCAUCACCGGUAGUAGCGUUCUCAGCGGUAGCGGGGGUAGUGGUAGCGGUAGUGGCGGGGUAAAUGACUAUUCCGGAGGUUGUGGCGAUGGGGGUGGAAAUUGUGCAAGCACGACGGCUACUGCCGGAAGUAGCAGCAGUAGUGGCGCAACCACCGCCAGUAACGUCGGUGGAAUGGAGCUAGAAGAGGGUGUUUCCCGGAAGCGACGAUCCCGAAUUACCUACGAUCGGGAUCAGGGAGUGCGCUUCUAUCGGGGAACCGAAACCACCGACAGUAACGAUUGUGAUUGUGAAGAUAUUUGAAGGCGACGACGGUAACGAUGGCGGUGACGAGCGAGAACGGAAGGUGAAAACCCGAAUCAACUGUGAGAAAAUCAAAGCUGUGAACUCAUUAAGUUACGUGCAAACAGAUUUAUGUUAUCGAAAACUCUAGCCAAGGCUUAGUUGUUCAUGUAAAAACUUCCGUGGAAGUUUUGUCAGUCUGUUAGAAGGUGAAAAACAGCCAGCUUUUGUUCUCCCCUUCCAAUAGGUAAUAAGCGUCAACAAAAUUAGUGAAUAUGAGACAAGGUUGAUAAAUCUAGCUUUAGUUAAACGGAUUUAAAGUCCUUCGCAACAUGGUGCAGGCCAAUGCACAGGGGGCAAAAACGAAACACACACACAAAAUCGAAAUCAAUCUAGUCAUAGAGCAUUCGACGUAAGUACACCCUUCGGUAAUUCUAGUUAAGAUAACCUUUUUCAUAAUUCGAUUUUUAACAAAACCACUCAUGUAGUGCUGAUAAAAAAAAUCCUAGUCGUUCGUAGAAAACAGCCAAAAAAACCGGGUGAAACCAUCCGAAUCUGCAAUUCAAAAAUAGCACAAUAAGGUAUUUCGGCUUUCUGCCCGCUACGUAGCGCAUUCAGCUGCUGGCUGAUGAUCCGACCUUUCGCACCGAUGUCUGGCCCUCGUUUACUGGAGCAAAGUUACGAAGGGAUUCUUUCCGUACCAUUGCCAUUUACUGCUGGGGAGCUUGGUAAUAGCUGUUCCAAAUAAAAUGCAAAUUUAAUCAAGGCGAAACCUGUCCGAACAAUGUUCGGUUCGCCACUCUCGGGGUUGCAACUCUAUGGAGUGGCGGGAGAAAACGUUCAAUGAAUAAUUUGUUUCAAGUUUAUGGUGGCGUCCAUUGUUUACAAUGACGAGAGCCGCACAGCGAAGGUAAUAAGUGUGCUUAACUUUGAUAAGAGCACGCAGCCUGUUAACCCAGGCUUCGUGAUAGUAUUUGUUGAAGGCAAUGGAAUAAUUCGGUAGUUCUGUUUUUUAAUUUCAAUCAAUUUACUCUGCUGAAUUAUGGAGAAAAACUUAUCUAUUCUUUUACAUGGACAUCUUGCUGUCAGAAGUUGACCUGUCAGUUCAUUUGUUCAUUUCAACAUAAUUUCACAUAAACGCUGGCCGUGAAAGAUUGAAUUAAAAGAUUUGUGUAGUAGAAAAUGUUUUGGAAGCUAUUUAUUCUGUCCCCCAUUUUGGGCGAACGAUCAGUUUUGUAGCGCGCAUAAAACAUUGUUGAUUUUCUCAAGCUCGACCAUCCCUAAUAAGACGGUCUGCAACCGAAAAAUCUACUAAUACUGGUACAAAUCAUUACGCUGAUACCAAUACAGGUUGAUACUUUUUAAUUGUUUGGUUUGGAGCCGUCUAAUGAUGAUAUGGUAUGUUUAACUAAAUCGUACGCCGCCUUGAAGUCUAUAAGCAGAUAAUGUAUCUGCAAAUUGUGUUUUCGAGACUUAUCAAGAAUCUGUCUCAAGGUCGUCUCGCUCGAAAACCGCUCUGGUAUUCACCGACAAAGGCUUCCUUCAACCUGUGGAUGUUCGGACGUAUCUUCCUCGUCGAUAUCGAUUUAAUUACGUUGUACAGCCGGGCAUGAAUCUUGCCAACCACGAAAUAGUGAUCAGAAUCGACGAUUGGCCCUUGAAAACUUCUGAAAAGUUUUGAUCGUCGAUCAGCAUGUGGCCGAUCUGGCCUCUCCAUUGGAGUGCUUCUGAAUGUUUAGUUGUGCAAAAUGGGUUCUAGAGAAGACCAUUACCUUGACCACGGUGAAGUUCACUAGCCUCAAGUCAUUGUUGUUGUGAAACUUAAUCAAAUCAUUGCUUUAACGCGUUUCUAGUAACCGCACAAAAUUAAAUCAUUUUAACUCCAAUUUUUACAACUUUUAAAUAAUCAAUUUUAAUUGAUGGCGGCGCAUGGUUAUCGUCAAUCUACACUUCGAAAUGUUUAAAAAAUUCCAUCUUCAGAACCAACUAAUAAACUAAUUUCGGAACUCACACAAAAUUGAAAUAAUUGAACUCCUAAUUCGAUAUUUGUAUCAUUAGAAAAGGCUUGCAAGGUUCAAUAAUAAAAAAAACUGAACCGCUUUUUCCGACCUUUAAUUAAUUUUAAUUAAUGGGGGCGCAUGACUAUCAUCAAUCUGCCUAUAUACAAAUUUCGAAAAUUCUACCUUCAGAACCAACUGAAUUAAUUAAUUUGACCUAAAAUUCGAAAAUGUAACGUUAUCGUAAACCCUGAUUAAAAUAUGCACCAUUUUCACCGAACAAAAACCUACCCCAAACUCGCUGCAGUCUGUUCGGCCAACUUUCGAGUAAAUUACGUAAGCAGUCAUUGCCACAGCUGUAACAGCCAUUGUGCCAUACAACGCACGUAAACUUUAGCUACAGCACGGAGCUUCCAGGAAAGACCGUUUUGUUAUCGGUCGGAAGCAUCCAUCAUUCGCCACCAAACUCUGCUUUUCCCUCUGUUUUCCUUUUCUCAAGUGCAGCAGAGCAACGUAAAUUCGAUCAUGCAAUCGCAUAAAAGCAAAUCAGUCGAGCAUUUUUCUUCGUUCCCUUCAAGCACGUCUCGAUAAAAUAUUCACAACACAAACAAACGAAGAGAGCUGGUCACAGACAUAUGGCCGGUGAAGGGUGCGAAGGUAAGGAUCGAAGCCAUCACCUUUCCCCUCAGUCCCCCCUCCAAAGCCCUUCUCCUUUCUCCGCGAGAUGGAUGGAAAGCCACUCCUACUGUACCGAAUACCAAGAAGACCUCGUCGCUUGUCGAGCCCUCUAUCACACAAUCAGACAUAUUUCAGUCCUAAUCGUGUGAUAUAUGAUGAAGCGGGGAGUUUUCUUGACCAGAAGCAGUCGCUUUCCGCAGCGAAGCGAAAAAGCAUAAGCGCACUUUCCAAAUUGUUCCAUUAUUCACUAGCGCACACACACACAUACAUAGAGGCAAACAUACCAAUACAAGCAGCAGUAAUGAGCGCAGAAAGUGAUUCGUACAUAAUUGAAAUUCAGUUUGCUGUGUACUGAAAAUGUUCAACGAAAUCCCCCGCCUGAACUGAUGAAGACAGGGAAAAGGAUAGCGAAAAGCGAAAGCAAACAGAUGUGCGAGUAAAACUUACUAGGUACUCGAAGGUAACAGUUACUAGCGAGCAGAAGAAUGAAUGAACUAAGUUAUAGCUUUAGUGAAUCGAUCAGAAGGUACAGAAAACGAAACGCUUUAUAAAAAAACAAGUAGACCCAAAGAAAACAAACCCAACAACAUUAUAACCAUCCUAAGGUAAGUUAGCGUUGGUGUAGAAUGACAGAAACUACACGAAAGGCAGAAUCAUAUUUUUAAUUUGCAGCCAACUGACAAUAAAAAAAUACCCACAGGGAGAAUAAAUAAUUUGUGAAAGUUCUCUUUCGCCACGCGCAACCGACGUUCUGCUGCACGGUAAAUAUUCGACCCGUUCUUCGCCGCGAUUUUUGGUAAUUAUUCGUACAUGUAAAUUCAGACCAAAAUUUUUUCCUCCAUCCACCAUCGUCAGACAGACGCUGCACAGUGAUUCAUUCGCUAUUUCCCUCUGCUUUGUGUACCCCGAUAAAAUCCCGGCCAAAAUAAUUACUCUAAUUAUGUAAGCAAUGUGCAUACAUUUUCGCAACAAAGCACCCGAGGAGCCGGUUUCCUCCAGUAAAAUCCGAAGCGUGGAAUGCAAGGUUGGGGAGCCGAGAAUACCUCACGCAGAUUGUACUAAAUUUGAAUGGCGUAGAAUGGCGUAGCCGGUGAGGGACGGAAACAGUUGUGAUUUCCGGGCAGAUUACAUUACAACAAAUUACGUAUGGAGCAAGUUUGAAGAUUUAUUCUGCCGCACGUGGGUGGAAUUGUCAAUUUCUGUGAGAGGCUUAUCUUGUCGCGCUGUCCUGCACGUUGCAGGGGGACAUUUGGGAUUGAAUAACAACAGAGAUCAUAUAGAAUAUAGAACGGAUUUUCACGCUGCAUACUUUUUUAUGUCAAUCGGCUUUGAUUUUGGACUGCGAUAUGUCUUUUUUUGCAGAGCUAAUUUUGCAAAUAAUUGAGAGUAUGUUUUUCGACCAUUCACGUAACCAAACGCAGGGUUAUUCAUUGAGCUCUUCAAUUAUACAAGUGGAGCGCCUGAUAAAGACCAUUUUUGAUGUUCAUGUGAAGGAAAAUGAUAAUGGCUACUUCGAAAGGCAACCGUCAUUACCGUACAAAAUAGGCGUGUUAUGAAAAUAAUGCAGAAUUUAUAAAAUUCAUUAAACUUCGUUCAAAAUACUUGAACGUCCUAACAAAGAAGAUUGAUCUGAUUUCGCAGCAGCAUUUCGAACUGGAUUCGCUUACAUUCUCAUGUCUGCCAUCCGUCAACACGAAAAGAUUUUUCUGCCCCCCAGCCAGAGCCGCAAGAUGCAACACACAACAGUGUAAUAGAUUGUUGUGUGGCUGAAAGUGCUCUAUAGGUGCUGUUCCGCUGGUUGCCAACACGAAAUGAGAUAGAUUUAUCCAACAUUCUCAAUACGGAAUAAAAAGUGUUUGCGUCUCGCGAAACUAUGAGAAUGAUGUAGCUUGAAAAAAGGGUGAGCCACUUACAACAUUUCAAUUUUCGUUCAUAGUAAAUACUGCAUAAAUGUUUGCCGCAAACUGAUGGACUGAUAUAAGUUGACAACAUUUUACUUUUCGUACAGCCUUUUUAUUGAAUAAAAUGUUUUUCGUCCCACGAAACUGAGAGAAUGAUAUAACUUGAAAAAAGGCGGGACCACUUACAACAUGGGUGUGAAAAAAAAACUCGCCAAAUGAGAUGAAAAUGUAAUUAAAAUCCUGUGCAGAAGCGCUGUAGUGCGAUGUUUAUCAAAUCCCGAUAAUAAUGUUAGUUUUACUUCAGAUUUCGAUCAAUCAUUCAUUUUUAACUAGCCUACAAUUGAAAAAAUAUGCUAAUCGAUUGAGAUAGUGUUUAAAAUCCGUUCAAUGAAAGUACGAUUCUACACUAUACCAUCCUUUUCUCGGCUAUAGAAGCGAGCUUGUAAUUCGUUGAAUAGUGCGAAACUGAACUAAAAAUUAUUGAUUUUUAGCUCAAUUUUUCUUUAAUUUACAAUUGAAAAGUAUGGCAAUUAUUGUAUCUUCACCUUUCGGUCAAGACGUUGGCCUUUAAAAUCAGUUCCGUGGUAGCAGCAUAAUACGCAUUAGAAGAGGGCACAUUCUCUGUACACUUUCCACAGUAUGCCGCCCUUUAAGAGUAAGAUAUAGGCAAGUAACUAAUUUCAAGAUAAACAACCGAUUGUUGAUCAAGUAAUAAUCUUGCAGUCUAGUACAAACAGUUUUUUUUACACGGGGAAUACGUACCUCGUAAAAAACUGCAGUAAUUUUAAAUUCCCCCAAUAAAACCUUGUAAAAACGCGUAAAAAACUUUAGUAGAUUUUAUCUCUUAUCUACACACCUUUUAAGACAAUUUUGAAAUCCCAGAUGAACCAAUUGCCAGCAUUCUGUCUCUCAAUUCACCACCUUAAACUUGCGCUGAGAGCACUUCCAAGCUAAUUGCUCAUCAUUAAAAUCCUGUUUCCACAUUUUUCUAACUCUUUCUCAUAGAGAAGUUCUGAGAAUUAACGUGUUGUUUGUAUAUGAAAGUGCAUGAUUGAAAAACACAAUUUUGAUGUUCCGGAAGAACACGAGUUCGGAGAUCUUUUUUAUUUCUUUAUGAUUCAUCAUCCAAUUUUCAAGCUCACCUCUUCCCAGAUCACGAUAACUAUAAAGUACAUUGUGAAAAUUAGAAAACAAAACUCUUGAAAUAUUUUUUUCCUGUCCAAAGGAAACGAAAGUUUUUAUUGCCAUGUUUCCAAUUAUAAACAAAGCAAAUUCGCAAACUAAUGAAGCCAUUGUUUUUUGCCUGAAAAACCCAUCAAUAUAUAUUACUACCUUCAAAAAUCCGAUAAAACAUAACAAGAAGCUGCUUCCAAGUUACUCUUAAGUUUAUUUUUUGUUAUGAUCAAGGAUGGGAAAAAACUCUUCAAACAAUAAUCAUUUGAGAAGUAUUUCUUAAACUGAUAUUUAUAAGACCAAAAAAAAGGUGCAAAUUGCUCGCAUUUUUGAGCGACUAAAAUGUUUCUAAAAACUGUUGUUCAAAUUUUCUCUGUUUUUCUAAGUUUUAACAGAGUCCUCACACUAUUUGCUAUUUUAGUUAUUUUCUCAUUGAACACCGAAUUGUUUUUUUUUACAAGAACUGGUAUUACGAAAAAUAUAUUAAUUUAUUUUUUUUUUUAUUUGAUAUAAAUUCUAACGUUUAAUGUCUUUUUAGUACCGUAGACUAAAUUUAGAUGUAAUCUUUUUUUAUUUUGAAACACAUAACAUUGUAUAAGAUCAGGUAUUCACAUUCUAUCAACUGUUGAACGAACCAUUUUUUUUUUUUCUGUUUCAUGAAAGAGACAAACUAUUUUUCAUAACACGGGUUACCACUAAAACAUGCUAUUUACUCCAACCUUUUUCUAAAUGUAGCAUUUCAUCCGAAAAUACAAAAGUUUUUAAAAAUACAAAAUCUUACUACACUUUAAUUUUACAUGUUCCUUGGAUUAAACAGUACAUUCGAAGUCACUCAAUAUUGAUGUGCCAGAAGAAAAACUUCAAGUUUUUCAAAGUGCAAUUUGAUUAAAAGCUAGGGCAACCAUUAAAAUCGACGAUUUUUGAUCUGGUUGAAAUUUUGCACAAAUAUGACUAUGGGCUAAAGAUUACUCGUGAUUUAAAAAAAAUACUAAUAUUUUGGACUAUUUUUCGAGAAGAGCUUUUCUUAAAAUGGUAUUGAUUAUUACAAAUAUUUUUAGAGCCAGAACGGUUUACUUGACCAUUGUGACGUCUUCGACAAAUAUGUAGAAAAAAAAUUAUCUUAAAAAAUAUACACCGCAAUUUUUUUUAACAAAAAAAAAUUAAAUAUCUUAUUCCUUGAAAAUUUUAUUUUUUUCAAUAAAAUAUGCCAAAACUCAGUAUAGUUUUCAAACUUUAUCUCACAAAAGUUUCAAAAACAUUUAUUUUAUUUGUUCAUGAAAGAGCAGAAUAGAUUGGGUUACACAAUUUUGAAGUCCCAGAAGAACACAGCUUUGGGAAAUUUUUUGUUUCUUUUUGAUUUAUCAUAAAAUUUAUAAGCUCAACCCUUUCCAGGUUACGAUUACUAUAACAUACAUCCUCAAAAUCAGAAUACAAAACACUUAGACGGUUUUGUUUCUAUCUAUUAGGAAAAAAUAUUGUUUGUGACUUUUUUCGAAAAAAAAUCACAGACUAAUAAAACUAUUUUUUUUUAUCUAGAAUAUUUAGAACAUCGAAACUGGCUUGAAAUAUCUACGAAAAAAUCACAAAAACUGCUCUACAUUUAUUGUUUGUUUUGACCAUUAAUGGGAAAAAGCUCACCGAAGUUCUGAAGCUGCUAUUAAUAAGGCAGGCGACGAAAAUAAGACUUUAAAUUGCUUAGAAAGUGUUAUGCAUUUCAUAGCUGCUCUUAAAACUGUUGUUCAUUUUCCAAAUAUAAUUUUGAAAAUCUCAUUUUCUUUUCUCUUCACAAGGGUUAGUGUAAUAAAUGAAUAAAUUUUUCUUUAAAUUCAAUUAUUUUUUAUUUGACGUAAGUUUCCAGCAAUUGUUGUAUAUUUGGCACGACAAAGUGAAUUUGAUUUGUACAUUUACAGUACAUUUUAAUAUUAUUCCAUCUAUAACUGAGUAACGAAUUUUAGUUUUUCAUUUUUGCAAAUAGAAAUCCACUUUGUUUAGAAAAAUUUUAGGAAAAUUUUCCAUCCAAAAAACAUAUUUCGGAAAACGAAGCUUAUUUAAAUUGAACAUUUCCUCCCACAAUACACAAGUUUUAUUUUAUUUCACUUUAAUUCUUUGUUUUGUUGGGUGAACAAUACAUUCAAGGUCACACAAUAUUGAAGUGCCAGAAGAAAAUCUUCAAGUUUUUUAAAGCGCAAUUCUAUUCAAAAAAACGCCCUCCCAGCUGGUCUUGAGGUACGAUACUGGUCGUCGUAGGUUCGAGUCUCAGCUCGGGAAAGACUGUUAGUGUCAGUACGAUCGUAGCGCUAGCCCCGAAAUUGCCCUGUACACUUAAGAGUUAGCUGCGAAGUCUAUGUAUACAAACAGCAGAUCGAGUUCCGGAAUGUAGCACCAAGGCUUUGCUUUGCUUCGCUUUCUAUUCAAAAAAAUAGGGCAGCCAUUUCAGUCGACCGUUUUCGAUCUGGCUGAAACUUUGCACCGAUUUUUUUAUGGCCUAAUAAUGUCAUUUUGUGGUAAAAGUAUUUUUUUUAAAUCACGAUUAAUUUUUUAAAAAGAAUAAAACAGAAAUGGUAACGAUGACUACAAAUAUUUUGAGAGGCAGAAUGAUUUGAUUGACGGUGUAACAUUGAUAUGCCAUAUGAAGUUACUAGAUUUUUGUCAAUUCUAUUUCGUGCGUGUUUGUCUCCCGAAUGAGUUAUUGUUUCACGGGGAGUCAUUAAAAAAAACAAGCCUUAUUUGUCAUACUUGUAAAUUUUAUCGGCCAUGAUUCAUAAUAUUUUCUAUACAUAUAUCUCAGAAACGUGAUAUAGGGGAAAUGCUAUGCGUUCGAGAUUGAUAAAAACGGAACAUUGAAAAAACGAAACGUGAUAAAAUCGACACGUCACUGUAUCUACAACUUUGCCGUGGAUACUGUACCAACCAAACCGCUCUGGCUCUAAAAACAUUUUUAUCAAUAACAAACUCGGCGCAGGGAAAAAUACUGAGCUUAGUGCCUAAUCUUGAGAAAAAAAUAUUUUUAAAGCCAGAAUGAUAGAUGAUGAAUGAUAGGUAGAUGAUAAUUUUAACCACCAAAAAAUAUACACUGUAAAAAAAUAUAUUUCUUUUUUCGAAAAAUCUUACCAUUUUUGUUUUUUGAUUCUCAAAGUUUAAUUAACCAUCAAGGUUCAGUUAACAUUGUGUAGUUUUCAUAGAAAAAAAUCAUAUAUUUUGAAAAACGAGAUUUUUUAGGUAAUAAAUAAAUAAUAACAUUGUUAGUUUCUCUCCCUAAUUUUUUUUUGUCUUAUGGUGCAAAGAUUCACAAAAACGACAAUUUAAAAAAAAUAUUGAAAUUGGGACAUUUUUUUAUGAAAUUGCUCUACAUUUUCACGCCUUUGAAAGCUACCCAAUAUUGAAGCCCCAGAAGAAAAAUAUUGAAGUCCCAGAAGAAAAAUCUUUACUCAUGGUUCAACUCACACAUGAAAGUCAUAGUGAUUUCGUGAUUCUUGAGACAAUUAUUUUCGAAAAAUAGAAAUUCCAGGAAAUCAUUUUAGGUCACUUAUUAUUCGCCGCUCUUUAAUUUAUGUUGCAAAAAAAAGUGAUUGGAAAUUGCAAAUUGACACGAAUUUACAACAAAAACAAUUAUUUCGUUUAUCUAAAAACUUCACAUUUUUAAGAAGGAAAUUGGAUGUGAAAUUGAUGUGGAUUCCAAAGUUUUACGAGUGUAUAAUCUUCUAUAUUAAAACAAAUCUGACCAUUUAGAGAUAAAGAAACUUGUUUAACCUUUUUUUAAUUAUGUAAGAGAUUUUUACUUUUUGAUUAGUGUUUGUGUCGUGUUUCAAGUCAGAUUACUUUGAAGCCUUACAGUGCCGGUUUUUGGACGGAAAAUAAAUUUCCGCUUCAACAUUAUUUAUUCACGGUUCAAGCACCUUUAGCAUUUCACUUGCUUUCCCCUAUUCCACAUUUCGUUUUUAUAGGGAGGAUAAAUUCUUUUACUUUUAUAAAAAACUGACAUUGAUUUUGCAAUUUCUCAGUUUGAACAUUUAAGCCUUUUAAGUUUUUUUUGAUUAAGCACCAAAUUUCUAUUUGUAUUGCAAAAAAUCGAAGAAAGGUCAAGAACCGAUAAACGAAAUUAUUUCAAAUGCAUUCGCAAAAUAGAUGAGGAAAAAAAAUGCAUUCGCAAAUGAAAACCCGAACCGAACAAUUUUAAGUUAAAUUUAUUUCCAUACCGGGGUCUUAAUUCUUAUUCAAGACUUUUUUAAGUGUUAAGUGAUUUUAGAACAAAAUAUCGUUUGGCGUUUUUUUGCAUUAAUUUCUUUGAAGAGCAUUUUUUUAAUUUCUUUUAUGAACAAGGCUAAAUGUUCAAGAAACUACCAACCCCAAGGAGCCAAUUUUCGAUAACUAAAAUAAUUAUCUUACAUUCAAAUCUCACAGUAAUACCUUUUUUGUAUUUCUAUUCUUGUUCUUGAAAUCUGCUUUCAAUUUUGUUUUGCGGUUUCUUAAGUAGCAAAUUAACGAUUUUUACUGUCUCCACACAUAUAUAAAUAUAUGUUGCUCCACAGAUUUGUUGUUUUGCGAUAUUUCAAAGUACAUGUUCUCUCAUACAACCAUUUUAACCCUAAUCAAUUUUUUUGUCAACUCAUCAAAUAUUUAUCUGCAACAUUUAAUUACCGCAGGGAAUCUCAACUCAACACAGGACUUCCCAGCAUUAAAACCAUUGCCCUUUAAACAAAAACCAGUCAAAUUUCUCCUUGCCUCAGUCAAAUCCCCGUGCAGCAAAACUUUGGUUCGUUAGUAAAACAUGACCAAGCACUCUACAAUAAGUUAGAUUUUCGGUUGGUUAAAACUGCCCAUUCUCACCCAUUCCAGUGUUAGAAGCAGGUUAGUGCAGGGUACACAUACUAUAGCAGGGGUUUCGCCAGGAAGGCCGCGCGUUCUAAUCAAAACUAGUUUCCAGCAGAAAACAAAACCAAAAAAACACUAAAAUACUUACUGAAGUGGUAAGGAAAAAAAACUCUACGAAAUACGAUGUGCCCCCAAUUUGAUAGAAAUGCGACAUAAAUGUAAGUAUCCUAGUAAAAGGCACUAAGCAACAACAAAAAUCAAUUGUACAGCAAUGAUUUACGUUACCAAAACCAUGUAACUCCCGGGUGUUAGAUAUCUACACGCAAACAAACAAAAGAAAAAAUGGAAAACAAUCUUCCAGAAAAAAAUAAUAAAUGUUAUAAUUUACUUCCUGCGACAGCAAAGGUCACACAAACACAACGGGCAAUAAUUGCAGCCGGGAAGAGAGUUCAAGUUGCGAGAGAGUGAGGAUGAUGAUGUGUGUGCGCGCAUAUUGCAAAUAUUAACCUGAUGUGAAAUCAUAUCUGUACUAGAACAAACAAAUCAAAAUUCUUUAAGUGCAAGGUAAGACCCGGACCUAAAGCAAAGAUUUCUUCAAAUUAAAAGUACCGAAAUGUGUGAACAAAACGAAAAAAAAAACGAUAACAACAUGUGGCUCAUCCGACCUACUGCAGAGUAAAUGAAUGAUGCCAUGUUAGCCUCCGAAAUGUCGGCAACCGGGGAUAAAAAAAAAAACAUAAACGUUGCAGCUGCAUUUCCAUGCCCAGCCGGAACCAAACCGUGAAAAUUAGUGUACGCAAAAUUGAACAAAAACAGUAUUCAAUUAAAUGUAACUGCAAACUAGGUUCGUUUUUUCGCCAGCGUUUCCAUGUUCCCCCAAACCCGUUUUUCCCACAAACGUGCACUUUGGAGAAAGAUUAAAUUACAUGAUAAUGUUUAAAUAUACAAAAUUGAAAUGAAAACGAACUCAUUCAGUGUGAGAGUGAAACAAAAUAGAGAACAAAAACGAGAAGGAGGAGAAAAAGUUCUAUUGCAUUCAGCGUGACUUGGCAUGACUUUCGCGAACGAUGCAAAGCCAAAAUAAUCCCCGAAAUAAAAAAACACACACACACAUAACAGGGCGCGUUAGGGUUUAUAACGAUAAUGACGGAGCAUUCAUCGGGGACGGGAAUCAUUCGCGGGAAUGGAGUCGUUUUCCGUGUUUUGUAGCGCGAUAGGAGCCUAGCAAAACGAGUGGAAUAGUUCAUCGGAACACGAGAGAUAGACACACAGCUGAUCCUAAGUAGCGUCGAAUUGUAGACACCGCAAUACUGCUGCCCAUAUGCGGUGGAAAUGGGCUUUCAUACGUUACGGCUGGGCGCUCAGAAUAUCGACGAAGUUGAACGGUUAUCGAUUUUUUAGGGGGGCGAUGAGUGUAAUCCAUAUUGAAAUGUGGUAAAUUCUCCAAUAUUGGUGAGUUUUGAAAGAAUAUCCCUCGUCUCAGAAAUUUACAUGUCAAUUGGUAAUAAUAAAAAAAAAAGUUUUCCAGUCGGUGCGUCACAAAUUGUCCAAGAUAAUGCACCUAUUUCUCCUAUUUUCCCUUGAAAGUAUGUGGUGGCAAGUAUGCAGCGUAAAAAAAAAAUAAUAAAGGGUUACAUGCUUUGAAAAUACAGGAGGUCUACUUUUGAUUCCUUGAAUUUUUCCAUUGACAGAGUAAUCGCAUAAUUUUCGACUGUGAAAAAAACUCAAAUGAAUAUGUAUUUGUUUUAGAGUUUAAAACCGAGAAGUGUAAGAUGGAUCUUACGGAAGGUGCACUAUCUGAGCAAUAUGGUAGGUGAUGUAGCACUUCAAAAAUUUCAACGACUUUGGUAGCAUGAGGCAGAGCGUUGUCAUGCAACAGACUGAUUUUUCGUGCCUCUGCCAUUAUUCGUGCGGUGCUCGGCUUAGUCGCGUCAAGUGAAGUCGAUAUCGUUUCUCAGUUUCGGGUAACUCAACAUACCGAAGCAAGCUGUUUCUGCGUUUAGCAUGGAUCCACAUCGAACAAUUCCUCCAGCUCGGUGUCUCCGAACCUAUUUGGCCUUCCUUCACGGAGAAAGUUUUCAACAUCGAAAUUACCAUUUCUAAAACGACGGAACCAACCACGGUACAUUGUUUCACUGAAAAUAACUUUUCCGUAAACUUGUUUUUAACUUCCGAUGCGAUUCAGACACUUUUGGUAAAUGACGAUUAUUUGGCACAAAAUCAAACAUUUCAACACAACUAAAAGUAUAUGAUGCCACAAUAAAACCACUCACGUGGUAAAUAGGUUUAUUUACCAUAUGUCUUAGCUUGGUUUACCACGGCUUAGAUAUGUCAAAAUCGAACAGCACUAACUGCUGGAGCCAGUUUUUGAAAUCGAACAGCCGAGAACGUUAUUUUGUGUGUUCGUUACAAAAACGCAUUGCUUAUUUGUCUCCAGUGUAAUAUGUGGAAAUUCUGGUAGCGAACUAUCACUUUUUUGUUGAUUUUUCUAAUGUUAGUCUGAUACAACUUUCGAGCUCUUUUUGUGUCCAAUGUUAUCAAAGAUAGCCAAGAGGAGGGUGAGAAAUAAUCAACAUUGAGACAAAAAAAGGAAUAUCUUUGAUAAAAGAUUGUGUACAAGUUACAACGUUUGUAACUUGCACACAAAUAAAUGUUUGUUAUUCUAAUUAUUUUAAUGUUUCCGAAGACUGUUUGGUUUUUGUAAGAGAACUGUAAAAAGGUUGUAAAAACUUGUAUUGAAUUAUAUGAACUCACUUUUUACCAUCUUGAAAAUUAAAACUUUUAGAAAGAUUAUGAAUAUAAAAUUCAUUAUUCGAAAUCACCACAAGAACUACAUAGCGAUGUUCAAAUACGUCGAUUGUUGCAAAAAAACAAUAAUUUCAGAAAUACACAAACCAUCGACCUAUAAAAAUCAUUUCGCGUUUCUCCAUCCAGGAACCUUAACCAAAAGACACGCUUGUCAUUUCUCCUCAAAAAAUCACUAGCGUGUAGAAGAAUAUCUUUCAAUGCGAAAAAAAACCUGCUCUCACACUGUUAGCCAAAGCGACGCACUCGCUUGAAGAGAGCAGCGAAUCGUGCAUAUCAGAUAUACAGCAUGCAAAAAAAAUACCGCGGUAAAAUCUGAAAUAUUUCUCCAAAGAGAUAAUAAUCUGAUGUGAACUUUCUCACACGAAAGGACAUUACGCUCAAUAACUCCACAACAGAGCCCUAGCUCUGUAUUUCUAAGCAUAUAUCAAAUAAGGGAAGCAUCAAGGUAAGAAAGUAGAUAGCGUUGCUUACUUCGCAUCUCGAAACUGAAAAAUAAAUCCAGACAGCCGUCACGCAUGUUUGCUCUUCGACUGCUCUCGAACUUAUCUCAGCAGUGCGUACCGCGGUGUACUUCAGUGUAUUGUCACUAGGGUGACUCACCGCUCUUGGCUUGCUCACCUAUGGUGUAAACAGCAAGUGUAUUAAUUUUUCUGCGAGCGGUAGAAACACAGCACAAAACAAAACAAAGAGGUUUGGUGCAAAAAAUCGCAGCACGCAGCGCUCAUGGUGGGCAAAAGUGAUUCACUCUGCUUUUUCCGCAUAUUGAAGAGAACAUCAAGCCUGCCAAAAGAUGUGUUUUUGACGGAGGAUUACAUUUUACGGCAACAUUCUGAGACGUGGUAUAAAAUAAAAAUCUAAACACAAAAAUUGCCUCAUUUUAAAUGCUUAUAGCUCGGUCAGUAAUCAACGAGUUUCCUUCAUUCUAGGAGUGAAUGAUUGGAAAAUUACGAAUCCAACAAAAAGCGGAAUAUUGUGAUCGUAUAAUCCUAACUAACUAUUGUACUACUGAAAAAUGAAGAGCCUUGUUUAAAACAAAAAUUUUGACCAAUGGAAACAGCCUAAAAUGAUCAAAUACCACUCAAUAAAAGUAUUUCCGUAAUCGGAUUAAUUCCCAGAGGCUAAAAAUCAACCUCCGGCAAACAUCGACGUUUAUUUCAAUCUUGGAAUUAAAAUGAAUCAGUUUUUUGAGAAACAUUGUUUGUUUAAAAGCUCUAACGUUUGGGUUAAAAAAAAGUGAACAAAAUUUGACGAUUUUUCAUGGGUUUACCUUUACACGCACUGACGAAACUACGCAUGCAGCAUCGAUCAUAUUAAUCUAUGAGUCAGCAGAAAAAAAUUGACAGCUCUAUCAGUCGAACUCUAGCCAUGGCGAAAACAGUGAAGCUAAUCCGUCCAGAAGUAUGCGCGGUCAAAGAAAGAAAAACGCCCGGUUCCGGGUGGUCGACGGCCCUGAGCGACAAGAGGCUUCAAAGGAUGUUGAAGAGGAAGACCGAGGGAAAAGUGGCUACAUCACGACUAGACGGUGUUGAUGGACGACGAGACCUGUCUCACCCUGGAUAGCAACGACUGGCAGGGCACUUCGUAUUUUACCUCUCCCACUAAAGAAGUGAGCGACGAGGUGAAGUUUAUUUCACACACCAAGUUCUCUAAGAAGGUGCUACUGUGACUGACAAUUGCAAUCAGCGAGAAAGAGAUGUCAAAGUUGCUCUUCUUUCGCUCCGGAUUGGUCGUGAACGGGGAAAUUUAUAGUACGUGCCUGCCGGAAGUUGCGUCGUUCAUUGAGAAAUAUCAAAAGGCCGAAGACGCUGGCGUCGGCCCACUACUGAAAGCGAUCAUUGGAAGAGAUGGACCUGCUGAAUAUCAUUGUAGUACCCAAGUUGGCGGACCCGUCCAACGUUUCCAAGUUGCGUCCCAUCGAGGAUUUCUGACCAAGCCUGAAGUGGCCUACACGCAUGUUUUCGUCCGCCAUGGCAAAUCUUCCCGUUAACUGCCGGGAGGCCGCACGCAAAGACUUUACGGAAGCUACACUUAAAAUUUUUGCCGGGUCUCGGUAACUUAUUGCCGAGAACGGCACCACUGAGUGCUCGGUUAAAAGCAUAAUGACAGCUGUCACAUUUUUUCGUAAAUCUCGGUUCACCCAACUGAAAUUUCGGCACAAAAUAUCCGAAAUCUCGGUAGUAAUAUUUUGUGCCGAAAUUUCAGUUAGGUUAAGCCGAGAUUUACGAUAAAAUGUGACAGCUGUCAUUAUUUUUUAACCGAGCACUCAGUGAUGCCGUUCUCGGCAAUAAGUUACCGAGACCCGGCAAAAAAUUUCAAGUGUGUAACAUGCUUAGUUUCCAUGGGAAAUUUAUCAAACACAAUUAUCUGUCUUAGUUAUUUUUUAACGUAAUCAGGGAAUUUUUGAAAAAAUAAUUAAGGCCUAGAAAUAUUACUGAAGUUUACAGCAUAAUCAAUUUGAUUUACCUCCAUGGAGUGUGUUCCCUAACCUAUUGAAACAAAAAUACAUUGACAACUCUACGUUGACUUUGCGGUCAUGGCUCAUACACAGCCUCUUCAACUUUUUUGUAAAAAUAGGUUUUUUUGUGAAGCAACUCGCCAUUUUCGAAUUGCUCAAAUCAAUUUAAUAAUUGAAUGCCAGGUCCGCCCGCUUUUUAGCAGCUUUAAGUUAAGAGCUGUUACUAAUUUGAAUUGCGGAGAACUUUUCAUGCUCAUCAAAAGAAUCGAGGGUAACUUUUCAACGAAUAAUUAGAAAUGAGAUUUUUUCUUUCAUCAAAUUAUAAUUAUAACUAGAAAUCUGAAAAAAAAUGCAAUCUUUUAAUAGAACAAUUGGCUAGCAGGAACGAAGUAACUCUAUACUGGGACAGGGCUGCCACAUUUAUUUUUGUAUUUUUACUCGAAAAUGUCUGUAUAUCUGUUUCACGGGCUAAAAAAUCUGUAUAAAAAAAUCUGUAUCGAGCAAACUAAGAAUGUUGGAUGAAAAUUUUCUUCGUUAAAGAAUAUAUUGAAACAAAUCACCAUUUUUUACUUUAGCUUAAUUUUUUAUUGGUGUCAAACUUAUAAUCAGGUGAUAAUCAAAUGUUGUAACUGAACACGAAAUUGCUUAUUUUUCUUUACGUGAUGUUUAUGCAUUUUUUUUGUUAAUUUAAUUUUAGUAGCUCCUGCUUGGUUAGCAACGUAGCUUUUAGCUUUCAAAAUUAAGCUCAUAAGCUUAGGUGCCAUGAGAUUUCUGGCUUUAGACUUGCUGCAAUUAUAUAUUGAGUAUAUAUUGAAUGCGUUCUACACAAGCUGAAGAAUGUGGAAUUAUUGAAAAAAAUUCGCUCAAAUGAUGUCAGUAACGGAACAUGAAUUUACCAUUCGGCAUUGUCGCGUCCAACUACUCAGACCAAGUUAAGUCAUCUGUUCCAACGAAUCUUCCGGUCAUAAAGUUUGUUCUUAGCAGGCAAAAUUCGUUAUCCAAAUCUUGUCGAAUGUUUUAGGAUUAAAUAAAGCUACCGUUUUUACAACAGGAUCGAUGAAAUCGAACAGCUUUGCAUUUUGUUUAACGAAUUUUGAAUAGAAAUCCCGUCAAAUAUUUCGAAACGUCAUUUUUCGCCUUCGUCCAAGCCUCAUCUUUUUUCUUUUGCAACGGUACCAACAUAAACAGCAUCAGGUUUUUCACAAAAGUUUGAAAGUCGUUGAAUCUAAUUUAACAUUACAAGAAAUUGAUUUCAGUUCAAAUAGCAAAAAAUUCUGUAAAAUCUGUAUUUUUGACAAUAUUCUGUAAUUCUGUAAUACAAAUUCUGUAUUGCAUUUUUAGUUCAAAAAUCUGUAAAAUACAGAAAAAUCUGUAUAUGUGGCAUCUCUGUACUGGGUGCCUGGCUAUCGUGGUAUUGAUGGAAACGAAAAAGCUGACAGUCUUUUUUUUUGUUUACAACAUGUAUGAAAGCAGUCUAGCAAGAAAAAGUUCAGGAUCAGCUUGCUGAAAAGUACCGUCUAUCCGUGACAGCAAAUUUUAAACUAAUUCGGCUCUCUUUGUGUUGCACAGUUCUCUCUGCUAUCCAUACGUUCGGCACACAGCCCGACAGCCACUGACAACAGCGCACACAUGCAAUGCCAAAAGGGAUGCUAUUUUUUAUUUCCUCAUGUCAGUUGGCUCUUCCAAGCUGUCGCUACUGAUAGCCAGCACGACAUGCUUCGGUACAAGUCGAGCGAGCUGUCAGGUGUUUAUGAUUCACGAGAGUCAGGUCGAUGCUAUAAUGAAAGCGAGGCGGUGCGAAAACCAUUUUUUGUCACGAGGUAAAAAAUAUAAACAAUGAGAAAACAUAUGAAACGAUUAUCAUCGAUAACAGGCACAGCCGAUCAGCAGGCUAUCCUCAGCGCAGGCCAAACCAACAAGACAUCCUCAAAAUGAACAAACUAAGCUGUCAUGUCCGAACGAACAAAAUACAUGCGCAAGAAUGAGCUGUCGUGUGCAAUACAAGACAGCUUCGUUGUAAGCUUUAGCUGUUCGUGAGUCCUCAUGGAUAGCUUAUUCAUGAGGCGGUUAUGGUAAAAAAAAGAGCCCAGUCGUCAGUAUAUUGUCGCGCCACAGUACUUUUCCAAAGCCUGUUCAGGAUCAUAUUUUAUUGUUUCUGAUCCAUUUUGUGCAGUGUGCUCUGAGGACUAAAAUGAAAGCUUAGGAAAUGUCCAUGAUAGAGUCGAACUGGAACGCCACCAAAAGACCAAAAGUGCAAUAAAAGUACGGAGCUUACUAAAUCUUAGGAUAAAUUUCCUCCGGGUAUUCACAGGUCUGUUGACUGGUCACUGUCCGAGUGGGUAUCAUUUUUAUAAAAUGAGAAAAACUUACUCAACACAACGUCGUUUUUGCCAGUGAGAAACUGAAACUGCUAGAUAUUACUCUGCAGCUGCUCAAGCGCUAUUCAAUCAAAGGAUGUUGUUAUUUGGACAGGGUCUACUAACACUCUUAGAAAUUUCGCAAAAUGAUCCUGGUAGAGUACCUAUUAGUUUGCUAAAACUUUGCUAAUGGAUGUAUUCCCAAAUGAGAGUUUUUUUUCCCCGAAAAAAGUAUAUCAGAACUGUACUUCUCCGAUCCAAAUAGUGUGGAAAAUACAUUUCGAUUACCAAUUUGAGAUACAUGUCACUCUUUUAACGGUUUUACUAACAAUUUUAUAAAAACCUGGAAAGAAGCUAAAGUCACCACCCAAAUCUCCUGAUGGCUGAUAUUGCAAAUAUUCACUGUAAAUGAUAGAUUCUCAAUUGACUCAGUUAAAACUACGAUUUUCAGUUUCAACACGAACAAGCUGAAGGCGAAAAUUCCUUUCAGCUCCAGUCAGUUGACAGUGAUAACGCUGACUAGCAGCGUUACUGUGAUUUCGCGCACGCAGUGUAAUUGCGUGUAACUGUUCAUGCGGUUGGGAUUUUACUUCGUCGACUUCAUGCAAUGGAUUGGCUUAGAUGAAACAAUUCAAUAUUAUCAAAACAUAUCAUUUAUUUCACUAAAAAGAUUUUCACAGGGAAAUUAACACCGGCGACAUUCAACAUCAAUUUGAGGAAGUGAUAAUAAAAUUACUGUUGUUACGCUUUCUCUGUGUAGCUUCAAAAUACAACAUUGGUUAGAAGGACAAUUACAAUACAACCAGGGCCGGCGUCACCUUAUUUUCCCGAGUGGGUAGUAAGGAAUAGGAAAUGCUCAUGGGUGACAAAGGCGUAGCCGGAGGGGCGACCUAGAGAUACCUGAACAUAAUUUAACGAAAAUUUGACAGUGGAUGCCAAUGGAAUGUUUAAGAGAAAUUGGAUUUUCAAAUUUUGUUCAGUAGUAAUGUUUGCAUUGAAAAAAAUUUAAAAAAAUUUUUCGGAUGGUGAUAGCAAAAAACCAAGACAGAUAAUUGUUUUCGAUGAAUUUACCAUGGAAGGUAAUUAUAUAAGCUCAGUUGCAAAAGCAAUUCCACGCCCUUGCGACCGGAACAUUCGCUAUGGUGGACGAAAACAUGAGUGUAGGCAUGUUUUUGAGUUCUUUCUUCGUUUUCUUUAUCAAUUCCUCCUCAAUUUUUGCGACUAAAUUGUUGGAGUAGGACUUACGCUUCUCGUUCGCCCAGAAACUCUGGAUGGGACGCACCCUGGGUACCGCAUUGAUUUUCAGCCGCUUCAACUCUUCCAACGAUUGUUUCGAGUAAUGGGCCGACACCAGAUCCGGCCAGAGCACAGCGUCUUCGCUCCUAUGGUAUUUCUUGAUGAACGACUCAACUUCCGGCAGGCACUUCGUACUAUACAUUUCCUUGUUCACGGUCAGUACGGAACUUCUCCCUGAUUGUCAGCCAAACCAGCACCUUCUUUGGGAACUUGGUGUGUGAAAUAAAUUUCACCUCAAAGGUAACAUCCUUCGUGGGCGAAGUAAAAUACGGAGUGCCCUGCCAGUCGUUGCCAAAUCGCGAUUCGCCGAAAAAAUCGACUCGACCAUAUCAUUAGGCCGCUGCCACUGCGUCAUUGCCUGCAGACCAAUGGACGGGACUGUCGCUUUCUGAUGUCCAUGUUUGCCUUUCCACUGUUUGGCCGGUUACACCGACCUUCCGAUCAAGCGCACGCAGCAAUGUAGCCACUCUUCCCUCGGUCUUCCUCUUUAGCAUUCUUUGGAGCUUCUUGUGGCUCAAGGUCGUCGGGUGUUUUCGCCAUUACGGUUAGAGUUCGAGUCAGUUUUUUCUCAUGGGUUACUAUGAUUGAUGCUGCAUUGGUAGAUUCGUCAGUGCGUGUAAAGGUAAACCCACGAAAAAUCGGCAUUUUUUAAGCAUUUCCUUAAUUAACGUUAGGGCUAAACAGUUUUGUAUUCUCGAAAAAAAAAGAAUCCAUCCAAAAUUUGAACUUAAUCGAAGUUUCACUUACAGUCAUGAAAGUCUUACAUUUUUGACCAGCCUAAAAAUGCACGAGUAGUUCUUGAAGUUUCCGAAAUCGAUUUUUUUUAUAACAAAUCUCUUAGAAAUGUAUGAAAUGUCGAGAUCUGAUGUUGUUUUAUAAAAAACUGUUUAAAAAAAUUAACUUUCAGGGACAUUGAAACUUUUGGGCUGGGAGAUUCGAGCUACAACAGAACACACAAGAGACACUCCCCGCUCGAACAUUACUUUCAUCGAUCAAAGAACUGUAACUUUGACCGCUUUAAGGCUCUACUUCCUGAAGUCCGAUUGAGCUCAAAUUUAGCAUGGGAAAUUUUUACUAGAAAACAAAACUUUAGAACUCUAUCGUAAAUGAAGUUUAGAACCCUAUCUUGAAUGAAAUUCUCUAUCGUAAAUAAUACAAUUAAAAAAAUAAUCCUUUUCCCUGAGAAACUUUACAAAUGUACAUAAAUCUGUAGAUUUAUAACCUCUCGCUCAACGAUAUCCGAAUCUAUCGCUCGCAAUUUUUUGCAUUUUUUUGAGUUUUGUCAGAUAGUUCCGUGUGGGUAAGUACCCACAUGAAUAUUUUCUGAGUGGGUAAUACUACCCAUACUACCCACAUGAACCGCCGGCCCUGAAUAUAAAAGAAAAGCUGCAUUAAAACUAUUUGGAAAUAAUUGGUAUGCUCUAUAAGCUGUUUUAAAAGCCUUUUUGUGCUCUACUGUUGAUGAUUCACCAGCCAAAUGAUCUCGACCGAACUUUGCAAACAUUUUUGAUCGGCAGAUAUUUUAAACGUGUAGAGAAAUUCUUCAAGCUCAAGAUUAUUUAAAGUUUACACAACAACCCUCAGAGUAAUAAAUUUGAAACGGUGGAAAUCAAACGAACUGCCACUGAAGGAUCACUUAAUUUUUGUUACGAAUAAUGAAAAACUAAAGAAUGAACAUUGCAUUAUAGUGAUAUAUUCCCCUAUGGUUUACAGUGGCUAAUUUUUACUUUCAAACAGAAGCCCUGCAAAAAUAAAAAUAAUGGAAAAAAUCAACUCUUUUACAAAUGUAAUUCAAAAUUUCGUGUUCGUUUUCAUAUUUUAUAAACGCUGUACAGAAAGCUACUUGAUAUUUGUGCCAUUACUUAGAGUACGGUGCUAUGCGUUAGACAAAAUGGUCAAAAUGAAAAUGGUGAUGGCCUAAUGGACCAUCGACAUUAUUGAUGAUAGGUAUUACAAAAGUUACGCAUAAAAAUGAUUAAGAGAAUAACGGUAGGUUCAAACACCUCAAUGUUGAUGGAAAUUGCACUAAACCCUCGAUAGACAUAGAAGACUUCAACCAUUUGAACACCUUAAAAAGUUUUGAAUAUCAAUUUCACUCAAAUUCAUUCAUAUAUUGAUUCAAAAACUAACUUUCACGAAAAAAAAAAUCCCUCGUAUCGAACCGAUCUACACAUUUGAAUAAAAUUACCGAAAACAUCACCCUAAAAAGCAUCGUCUCUCAGCCAUUUUCCGCCCUCAGCUAACCGCGCUAUGAGCUCAACAUUAAAUUACAGUCCGAGCAAGCUCAUAAUUUCAAGCUAGGAAUGCCCUCUUGCCAACCCCAUUUCGGUUCGCUUUUAGCUCCGCUGCCGUACACUGGAAUUUCGUAAGUAUCCGCGAAAUCGCAGCCCCCAAUCUACCACAGAAAAAAAAUAACUUAGACUCCGUUACUGUGCUUCCUUCUACGCUGCUAACAGGGUGUUGUCCCAGUGGGCGUUACUAUUAUUAUCCAUCAUUAUCGUUAUUUUUAUUUUCACUAAAUUUUCCCCUUCUGCUGAUGUAACAAAACAGCUUCGGGCACGUGGAUCUUAACUCUUUUUUUGGUCCUACUCUUUCUAUCAGUUACAUUUCAAUUGCAUCACGCUCCGGGUGAACAUUUCUUUCAUGUUGACCCAUAAAGUAUUCCCCGUCCUCUCCGUUCCUUUUUUUUUCUAUGUGGUCUCGACGGAAAUGCGCUGCUGGUCAGCAAAGCUCGUAUAAAAGUUAUGAUUUUUCUGUAAUAUCAAAAGAGCAGCGCGGUUGGGUUUUGUGCUUUUCGUUUCAUUUCGUUUCACCUUCACUAAGCGAAGCCAUCCCCUCCCGGUGAAUGAUGUGGGCGGAGACUCCAGCUCCCCAGCAGGAGUAAACGGAGGAGACGCAAAUUGGAUGGAAUUACUCACAAAUUGUUUCGUGACGUUUCUCUGAAUAAAGUCUAGUGGUUCAACUUCUUAGAAUAUUUUAACCAGCCACCGUAUGAAAGCUCAGUCCCGCGUUGGGUUAACUAACUAAGGAGAAACAAAACUAUAAUAUAAAUCAAAACAAAAAUAAACAAACAACAAAAAUUGCUUUGGGAAAUUGCUUUAACUGAGUGUAAAUAAUUUUUCGAUAAAUUCGUAAAAGAAUAUAACUAGAACAGAGAGAAUAAUAAGUAACAGUAGACAGGCAAGAUGUAGAUAUGAAAAAGAUAGCCUCUCGUUUAUAGAACAACAAAAAAUAACGCCGGCACAUGAUUGUUCAGUGAGGUGCUUUAUUCUUUACUCUCGUUGUCUGUACCUAAGAUUGCUACAAUUUACCGUUUAUCUUCGUCACCAGUUAUGGAAAGUUGUACAGUUUAGCGCUCUUGCGGCAGCACAUUUUCCGAAGUUUCUUCGUAACUCUUCGAACACUACUCACACUUUCUAGUAAAUGGAAUUUCAAACUAACUAUCUAACUAGACUCAUUAGUAAAGCUAUUACGUUUAGCGAUGUGCGUACCUUAAACUUGAGAACUUUGUACAUUGAUGUAAAAAAAAAGCACGAGCUGUCAGUGUGUCUCCGCGCGACGGCUCGCAAAACCUUAAAAAAGUGGACACACACCCACAUGAACGUCGAGUGCCUUAAUUUUGUACUGCAUGCAAAUACCUAACACAAGAAAAAGAUUACAUACAAAGAUUCAAACCGACAUAUUUUUGUAUGAAGCAAAAAAAAACAGCAAAAACUUCCACGGCGAACGUGCUGAUAGUGUAAAUUUUUUGAAUGGAAAAACAAUCUAGAGCCAUUCACCGUUUUCAUCUCGCGAUUCGCGAUUAUCGCGACGAAAGACCUCACUGAACGAUUGUUCGGAAUGCUUCCAUCCUAUUCAAACCAGAAACAACCACACACUUCAAAAGUUAUGUUUGAAAAAGACGAGUCAGAUUAGGAAAGAUUUUCUUUUCCUGGUACCAUUUACGCUUCAGCCAAGAGUAGAAACAUAACCAAACCAUAGAAAAAGAACUAGGAAAGUUGUCUAGAACAUGAUCUGCACAAAAAGUAACUAGACGCGAGCUAGCUGACGCAGAGUAGACGCAGAACGGAUUCAGAUAGGUAGCUAUGUUUUUCAAUCAAAAUCUUAAAAAGAAUUAUUGCUAGAAUAUCGAUCAUAAAUCGUACAUUGAGGACGACUUCAGUGGAUAAACGAAAAUGCGUAGAGAUGAUACAAUGUACACUAUAAAUUCGCAAAGUUCACUAAACCAAUGAAGAUUUUCCCCAUAAAUAACUCCAUGAGUGAUUAAUUAGUCAAAUUUAAAUACCAAGAGCUAAACUAAACAUAAAAAACAUAAAAAAAAAAGAUUAAUCAGUAAAUCAAAUUAAAAAACUAGUCCGAGCGAUUACUCUUACUAAGACUAAAAAAUAUGCACGGGAGAUUACCAUAUGCAUAUUGUAUGAAAAUCAUUCACAUACGAAGCAGCACAAAACCUAUUAAACUAUAAAUAGCAGAUGUAGAGGAAUGUUACUGGAACGAACAAAGCAAGAAGUGAAUUCACAUACAACACACUCCCUUCCGGGCACGCAUGUUUCGAACAACAUGUGCGUUCGGGAUUAAACCACAGCAACACCAAAAAUCGGAUGCUCAACGGCAUAAAAUUACCACAAGCAUGUAGAAACAAUGUACAAGUGAAAUCUGUUAUGACACGUUAUUGAAUAUGCCCCAACAAACCACGAGCCCAAUUCAGUUACCCUCCCUUACACUUUUCUGCGCAAGACAGUUGAAGCGAUUAAUGGAAUUGAUCAGCCAAAAAUGAAUGUUGUUAUCGACCACAGUAUCGCCGCUCAACUGAGCUAACAACACACAGACCAAACAAACAAAAAAAUCACCCAAUUUUUACGUAUUGUUUCACUACACGGCUCGACAUUAUACUGAUGUAUAAUCAAUAAAUGAGAUAAAAAACCCAUAUUGAAAAUAUGCAAAUAAUUACACCCGCAUACACAGCAACACAUACACACACACAAAAUACAUUCGAGGCGAGCUGUAAUAAAUCAAAAGUUGUCAUGAGAAACAAAUCCUUAAAUUAACACCCUCUCACACAAACUGCCGUAUAGAGCUGCUGCAGCCUAGCAAGCAGCACUGAGCAUCGAAAACACAAAGCGAACAAAACAAAAAAAAAAGAAGAAUAACGAACGACCAGUUUCCAAUAAGUUUCGUGUCAAUUGCAUUUAAUCUUAUUUUUCCAUCCACAACCGCAACCAUUCGACUAACCGAGGUUACUGGCAUUCCCGAUGUGGAUCAUCAACUUCAUCAACCUGUGUGUAACACGAAGGCGUAGAAUAAUGCUCUUUAUAAUAGCAAACCAAAAACCAAAACAAAAAAAAAACAAGUCUAAAUACAGCGUGUACUGUGCAACAGAUAACGAACAAACAAAACAAACCCUGUAUGUGAAACUGUGUAACUUUAUAUGAUACAAUUGAGACAAAAACAAGAAACCAAUACCGAACGAAGGAGGUAAGCUAAAGGUAAUGCCACAUAUGCAAAAAGAACAAACCAGACCCCGGCAAGAUACACAGACACACUGCAAAGAUAUUAAAAACACAAAAUAUACUGUAUUUAUAACUAUUAUAGAUCUUUAUGAAAAUUUAUCCUGUUGCAAAUCAAACAGCUAAAAGUAAAACCUUGUACAUAAUUGAACAAAUAAUAAACAAACUGAGAAAAGGAAAACAAAAAUAAAAUUAAAAGUAUUUGAAAAAUAAA